GGAGGGUGGAAAGAUGACAGAUGAAGAAUAGGGGCUCGAGGGGAGGUAGGAGUGGGAGUGGCGCACUGCUGGUGGCCUGCGCCUGCGUAGCAUCAGCCUGGCUCAUCUUCAACGUAAGCCUUGCGCAAGCCGGUUACGCCUGCCUCAGUAAUCCCUGCAUUUACGGAAUCUGCAUGGAUCACCUCAACAGUACGUUCACCUGUUACUGUAUUGACGGCUACACGGGGAUUCACUGUCAAACCAACUGGGACGAAUGUUGGUCCUCCCCUUGCCUCAAUGGUGCCACAUGUUUAGACGGAAUAGCCUCCUACAACUGCACAUGCGCGGAUGGAUUCGCCGGUGACAACUGCGCCGAGAACGUAGAUGAGUGUAGCUCAAAUCCAUGUCAAAACAAUGGAACAUGCAUAGACAGAACUAAUGGAUAUUCCUGCAAUUGUCACCCUGGAUACUCCGGAGUUCACUGUGAGUCCGACUUAGCAGUUUGUAAUGCAACAAAUGAAAAACUGUGUCUGAAUGGAGGUGCCUGCAUAGAAGGACCCGGCUUAGCUUACGCCUGUGCUUGCUUACCAGGUUGGACGGGCAGUCUAUGCAAUAUUUCAAUCAAUGAAUGCGAUUCAUCACCCUGUCAAAACGGAGCUGUUUGCAUCGAUCUACAUGCCGCGUACGCUUGUGCAUGUCCAUUUGGUUUCACUGGUCAGAACUGCGACGUUGCCCUAGAAGAAUGCGGCGAAAACACUUGCGAGAACGAUGCUCUGUGUUUGGAGGAAGAUGGCCGGAGUGUUUGUUACUGUGUACCUGACUUCCACGGUGAUAGAUGCCAAUAUAAAUACGAUGAAUGUCUCUUAGGACCAGGGUGCCUUAAUGGUGGGACCUGCAUCGACGGCGUGGACAAUUACACUUGCACAUGCCCGCCAAAUCUAACUGGGUCUCUAUGCGAUUGCCUCAUCACUCAAGACGAAUCCGACUGCACCUAUCGAGUGACUACGUCGAUGUUCACCCCAGGAUCCACAUCUUUCUCUCCGACUGACGUCACAGACUUAGAUAUGUCCUCCAUCUACGACACCAGCACCAAAAUGUUGACCACAGCGCAUGGGACGACCGACGGUUUCGGCUCAAGCACUCUGCUCUAUCAGACUGACUACGUGAGCCCAAACUACACUUUCGCACAAGAUUAUACCUUGGAAACAGACGAAACAAGCUAUUUCGAUCAUUCAUUGGCGACUGACCGCGUUGGCUGGGACUCGACGCAGUUCUUGGAGGAGGAUUUUGGGCCUACAACGGAGACAGGAGACACAACCUACUCAAUCCCCGACUUCAAGUUCUCCUACGAAACCACGACCGAUUUCUGGUCGGAGGAUACCACGUUGACUGACGGCCCGACGACGCAGCAGCCCUUCAGCGAGUUCAACGCCACGUUCUACACCGGGACGACGCUCUCAACGCUGAGCUCAACGGACUUCCACCGGACUCCAUCAACGUUGGGCUUGGACGACGACCGAUUCCGGACGCAACGAUCGUUGACGACCGAGGACGCCGACCGAUGGUACUCGCACUCGACGGAGCCCAACGAGAUCGGACCGGCGCUGUACCCGACGAAAUUCCUGCCGGAAACGGAAACUCCCCCGCCGAGUGACGUCACGUCCGAGGAUGAGCUGACGACGAUCGAGCCAACGCUAUCGACCAAGAAGGAAGCGCCCGCUACUCUGGGUCCGCCGAUGUUCCCGGAUUGCUCCAAAUGGCCUUGUCUCAAUGGAGGAUCCUGCUUUUACUCGGAAAAAGGACCAAAGUGUGCCUGCAGGUUCGGCUGGGAGGGGGAGCUGUGCCAGGAGCGUCAGGGGGUGCAGACGCCGGCGCUGACCGGGCGCUCGUACCUGAUCCACCGGCUGAGCAACGACACGGGGGCCGUCAUCGGCGUGGACAUCCGGACCCUGGCGCCCACCGGGCUCAUCCUCUACGCGGCCAUCUCGCCCCACCUCUACAUGAGCACCUACCUCCAGGACGGACUCCUCAAGUUCCAGUUCUCCUGCGGCGUCCAGACCAUGGUCUUCAGCGAGGUCAAGCUCCACAUCAACAACGGAUACAAUAUCAAUAUCAUGGCUAUAAUCGAGAUGGGCUCAACGAUAGAAGACUUGGGAAAAUGCACGGCCUCGCUGCUGGUAAAUAACACGUUGAAGAUGAGCGGGGACCAGAUGACGACACUCACCAUCAAACAAAGCUCCGAGAACCUACUCUACCUCGGAGGGCUUCCUGAUUAUCUCCAGCCACAGAUAGACAUCCCAGUCAAAACAGGCAUCACCGGUUGCAUGAGAGCUUUACAGAUAGACGCUGUGGAGGUGGACAUAUACAAUGAUGCGGUGGAGGGAGAGCAAAUCACGGAAUGCUCGUCUUUGGCCUGCCUGUCGAACCCGUGCCACGGAACAGCUACUUGCGUCGAAUUCGCUGACACCUGGAACUGCUUGUGUCCAAACGGAUAUGUUGGUCUUACCUGUGAGCAGUCAGUUUGCUUGAAUAAUCCCUGUCACUUUGGGGCAACAUGUGUUCAAUAUCCGGGAAGUGGAUUCCUUUGCUUGUGUCCCUUGGGAAAGCAUGGUCUAUUCUGCGAACACGACUUGGAGGUGGGGCAGCCAUCUUUUUUCUCCUCGGUGAACGGACUCUCAUCUUUCAUCGCGUACCCUCUGCCGACGGCCAUCCACAACAGCUUCGAGCUUCGAUUCCGCUUCGUCGCCGAGGAUGCAGACCAAAUCUCACUCAUGCUAUUUAUCGGUCAGGACCACAUGCAUGAUGCUAUGACCGAUCACUUUGCGGUUAGUUUCAUCAAAGGUUAUAUCGCAUUAACGUGGAACUUGGGCUCUGGACCGCGGAGGAUUUUCAUGUCGCAGCCGAUCAACGUGAAAGCGCACCUGCAACAAGCUCACACGGUCCGCCUGGGCCGGCUCGGGCAACGGGCAUGGCUCACCGUUGACGGUUUGGGUAACGUCACCGGAACCUCACCCGGUCGACUCACGCAACUCAACACUAAGCCAAUCAUUUUCAUCGGAGGGCACAACUCCGAAAAUUUUUCGAUACUUCCGCACGACUUGCCACUGCACAGAGGAUUUUUGGGAUGCAUCUUCGAUGUACAGCUACGAGCCGGAAGAAUAUCGCUGAAUCUACAGAAAACCCGAGCGGCCAUCGGAAGAGGUGUAGGCCAGUGCGCGACUACACCCUGCUACUCGACUACCUGUCAUAACGGCGGAGCUUGCCUCAACCAAGGAGCCACUUUUACGUGUCUUUGUCCGGAUGGCUGGUUUGGACCAUUAUGCUCACAUCGGUAUAAUUUGUGCGAUUUCACGAGACAUAAUUGCUCGUCAGGGUCGACGUGUGUACCACUAAUCGAGCAUUAUGAGUGCGACUGUCCGAUUGGUCGCUCUGGAAAAUUUUGCGAGAAAGAGGAACAACUAUCAGACGUGAGCUUUUCGGGAACACGAUCGUUCUUGUCGAUAGCUCAACAAGAACUGCACCUUUUAGAAACGACUCUGGAGUUCGAACUGAAACCGGAAAAAGAGAGGGGAUUGAUCAUGUUCUCCAGGAACUCGAAGCAUAAUUCAUUCUUCGCGAUAUCGCUGCAAGGUGGAGUUCUCGAACUACGACUACUCACGCAAGGUGGAAGUAACGGAGGAGAAAUAAUCGUCGUCCGUAGCGGGAGAAUUUUGGGCAUGAACGCAUGGCAUAAAAUACAGAUGAGCAGAUUCGGUCGACGGGUUCAACUCGCAGUAGAUGGCACCUCCAACUCGGCCACGCUCCUCACAGGUCAAGUGCUACUGGCCACAGAUUCACUUCUGAGCAUAGGAGGUGUGUCAGAUCUAUCAGAGCUUCCGAACGGAGCGAUGGCCGGCCUGCCGAUCCCGUUUACAGGCUGCCUGAGAAAGUUAAUGAUAAACGACAAGCGAAUUCAGCUGGACGAAAGGACGAUUUUGGUCGGACGAAAUGUGGCCGACUGUGACGGGACGGCCUGCGGAGGUGACAUCUGCCAACACAACGGGAGCUGCUGGCUUGACAUCUCUCUUCAAGCUCACUGUAACUGUCCACAGGAGUACACGGGGGAGCAUUGCGAGACACAGCUGUCGUGCAUGGAGGUGAAGUGUCAGAACAAGGGACGGUGCCAGAAGGACGAGGACUCGGAAGUGCCCAGAUGCCACUGUCCCUUGGGUUGGACGGGAUCCUACUGUGAGAGGGAAUCCGCGGUCGGGGCGCCGAGGUUUCAGGGCGACGGAUAUUUGAUCGUCGACAAAACUGCCAGCGGCUUCAAACGCAGGGGUCUCAGUGAGAGGUCCAAGAGGAACGAGCUCGAAUUCGUCUACGUUAAUUUCUCCACGGCACAACCCGAAGCAAUGAUCUUAUGGAGCUCUCAGGAGAGCGAGCUGAUCGGGAUCGGCGUGGAGGGCGGGCUGCUGAAGCUGGUCUGGUCGUGGCGCGGGGAGGAGCCCUCGACGACGGUGGUCGUUCCGCGGACGGUGGUCGCCGACGGGACGUGGCACGACGUCGCCGUCUCCAUCACCGCGGCCAACAUCACCGUCGUCGCCGAUCAGAAAGCCACCCUCGUCUUCAACCACCACCAGGAAAGACUCAUCGCCACCGACGGCAUCUUUUACUUGGGUGGAUUCCCGAAACAAAGAUCAGUUCAGAACGAGACUAAAGCUAUGUUCCAUUCAAGCUUCCAAGGGUGCAUCAGUGAACUAGCUUGGAGUGAAAGCAUUGGAAUCACUGAUUUCAAAAACUUCCAAGGAGAGAAUAUAGCAAGCUGCGAUGUCCACGCUGAAUCGUAGACUACAAAUAUUAUCAGCUGAUUUUUAAACCUAAAAGGCGUUGCUUGAGAACUUAAUCCUACUUUAGGUUGGGACGAAAGGUUAAGAAUAGUUGCAUACAUAUACCUAAGCAACAGGCGCUUUCACCGCGCUCUGAGACACCUAACCACCACGGUACCCAUUCCUCUCAAAACUCUCUGAGGAGUAGAGAGGUGGAAUAUUUGCAUUUAGACAAUAAAACCAGGGGUGCAGAAACCCCUUGACUGCGCAAUCGGCUAGUCAAGAACGGCCGAGUAUGGAAAUUAGAAGGCCUCGAUAAGGAAAUUGAAAAAUAAGAGAACCGCGAAAAGGGCUCGAAGAAUGCCGGUUCAAACCAACGUGAAAAUUCUAUGUUUUGAGAAAAACGACAGUCAUUCAAAAAUAAAGAAAAAGAAAGAGAAAAAAGUCAUCCUUUUGAAAAAUUUUGGGGUACGAGGUGUUUCAAAAUGGGACGGCUGACUACUUUCUGCACACCUGAGGACUCACUUGAAAAGUAGCUAAGUAACUAAUCAGGUAUUUUUACGAUUCCAGUUGGCAAUGAGCAUUUCGGGUUUUUCUGCCUUCCGGCUGUAGCAGGUGCAAUGUUCAUACAUCAAAUACUUCAUCCGUGACACAGAGUAAGAUUCAAGUCGAUUGCCAAAGUGCGAAACCACGUAUCUCCAUUGCGGUGUUUCAAAAUUUUCGCUUCUAUUUUAUUAUUUCGAAGAGAAACGAGCCAACUUUAAAGUUUGAAAUUUUUACAGAAUAUUCUAUUAGCAGUGAAGAAGUAUCAACUUUCAAGGUAUUACGUUGACUAGUUACCGAGAAACUGCAAAGAAUGAUAAGGAGUUUGCACCGUCGCAAGCAUAGAUACGCGAUUUCGCACUUUCGCCAUCGAAGUGUAACAUGUUGCCCGAGCCCCAUACCUUGAUGCACGUUGCCAACUGAAAACCAACUUUAGGGAGCAACAACUAGAACCAAAAAGGUGGAAAUAAAAUAUUCAUGCCCAAUCAAUUAAAGUGAUUUAGUCUUCUAAUUUUUAUUCCAAAGUUGUAGGAAAUUAUUAUGAAGUAUAUUUUUAAGAAAAUAUGCCACACUCGAAAACGGAGAAUUCAUGUUUUUAUGUGCAGUUUUUUUUUUUUUUUUUUUUUUAAUUUGAGCUUGUCUUGAAACUCAUUCCAUGGUCAUUUCAAAAGAGUUUGAUCAUGCUGCAAACAUCAGAAACCGAUUUUCCUCCGCCAGGUUUAUAUGAGAGAGUAACAAAGUUCACUGAAAAUAUUAGUUAGUUUGCAAAUACCAUUACUAGGUGGUUUAAGUUCUGCCAAACUAAAUUAUCGAUUUAUCAGAUAUGACAAAUUUUUAAACACAGAUUUUGUCAUAUCUUUCCUGCCAGUAGGCAUGGCUAUUGAUAGAAAAUGUUAAUUUCUGAGUUGAGAAAAUUCAACUGACUGUAUUGACAACUCAUCAAUUAUUCUAAGCUCAACAAAGCAUGAAAAUAUCCUUGUUAGAAGAAUUUUUAAAUUUAUGUAGAACACAAAGACUAAGUAGAUAAAAAUUGGAACACUAUGUGCAAUAAUUUAAUGAUAGGCUUUUUUUCAUGAGUUAUUAUUGAUAUUAAAUUAUAAUUUCUCUCUUAAUGAUAUUUUUGGCGUGAUCUCUGUUGUAUUGUUAAAUAGUUGAUUUUGACUUUAUCCUUUUUUCAUAUGCAUUAGAGCAUUUUCAUUAAAUUUCUUGAUACAA